CAAAAGUAUUAUAUUAGGCUAUACUCUGUACCCAAUAGGAUCAAGGCUGAAUCACCUGUUCAUUUCUGUGUAUUGGUUACUUUUAAAAAUUAAAAAUCCAGGCUAAGGAUAAUAAUUACGAAAAGGUAGUAAUUAUUAAAUACCAACAUUCGGCUAUCCCUACUAAAAUUUACUUAUCUUGCAUCAUAUUGUACAAUGGUUUGUUGUUUUAAUGAUGGUAAAGCCUAACCUUACAAAUAUUUAGUCUAUUACUUUGAUUUGUAACUCUUUUCUCAUAAUUACUUGUUAUUAGAAAUUACAAACAAUUAUUAAAAUUAAGGGUGUUAGGGAGAGGAUAUCCUGAAUUCUGGUCAUACAUUGCUAAAAAUAACCCUUUACAAAAUGAAGAAGAUGAAGCCAGUUGUUCCAAAACCAAAAAGUAGACGCAAGAGCAAGUCAGAGGAGAGUUUAAACCAAUGCUUGAAUAGAAUACCUCAGAGAAAAGCUUCAACACCAACACAUGAUCGAAGCACGUUGUCCAACUCUCCGGAUAUUUCCAGCAUUAUGAUAAAUGAAAAUAGAUUAGAAACUUCAAGAAAGCAAGUGAUGAAAUCCAAUAAACAAUUGAAUUCAAGUCUUCCCAGGAAAACAGCUGUUUCAGAAGGAAUAAAUCUUGAGCAAGAACUGGAUUUUGAAUACACCCGCUAUAUACAAACGAUUUUCAGAAAGAAAUUGGAAGAAAAGAAAAAUGCUGAAAUUGAUACUGAACUAAUAAAAUUGCAAAAUAGAAUUGAAGAAAAUCAAAGAAUACUUCGUAACACUACGUCUCGGCUCAAGAACAUAAAUUUCAACAAAGAAGUUGAUUUUCUGCACAGCCUGCAUAGUCCUAAUUUCGCCAAAGUACUAGAGACAGUGAACGAGGGCAACUGUGAGGAGCGGCUGACUGUUCUCAACCAGAAACUGGAGCAGGCACGCCAUCGGCUAAGAGUAAACAAGAUGGAAGUGCCACCCACAGCGACACUGGCAGAAUUAGUCUCUGAUACUGUAGAGGCGUUGGGGAAAUUGAAAACAAAUCAAGAUGUCGAAACAAUGAAAACGCUGACAGAGCUCAGCAAAGUGAAGAAAUCAACCGCUAAUGCCAUUCUUAAAACUGUAAAUAGUCUUCCUGUGUCUGAAGACCUUCUAUUAACAAAAACUACAUUGGAAAUCAGUGCUCAAGAUUUACUGGCCCAAAACUCACUGUCACUUGAUGUAGAGACUCAGCAGAGCCACAGUGAAAUCCAAGAGCAAACAAGAUCACUUGAUGUAGAGGCCCAAAAUAGUUAACAGGAAAUUCAAGUG